AUGGCUGCCACCAAGAACAAGUACUCAGUCAUCCUACCUACCUACAAUGAGCGGCGCAAUCUCCCCAUUAUAACUUGGCUCAUCCAGAGGACCUUCACAGAGAAUAAACUUGACUGGGAGAUCAUCAUUGUUGACGAUGGUUCCCCUGACGGUACUCUCGAGAUCGGCAAGCAGCUCCAACGCCUUUAUGGACCUGAGCACAUUGUGCUGAAGCCCCGCCAAGGGAAACUUGGAUUGGGUACCGCCUAUGUUCACGGCCUUCAAUAUGCGACCGGCAACUUCGUCAUCAUCAUGGACGCCGAUUUCAGCCACCACCCCAAGUUUAUUCCUGAGAUGAUUCGAAUUCAAAAGGAGAGCGACGCAGACAUUGUCACGGGUACCCGAUAUGCGAACCGUGGAGACAUCAAGGGCGGCGUUUAUGGCUGGGAUCUCUUCCGCAAGUUCACCUCACGAACGGCUAAUCUCAUUGCCGAUGUCAUGUUGAUGCCUGGUGUCAGCGAUCUGACAGGAAGUUUCCGCCUGUACAAGAGACAGGUCUUGGAGAAGGUCAUCACAAGCACGCAGAGCAAAGGCUACAGCUUCCAAAUGGAGAUGAUGGUACGCGCUAAGGCGAUGGGUUACAAGGUCCAGGAGUGUCCUAUCACAUUUGUGGAUCGUCUCUAUGGCGAGAGCAAGCUCGGAGGAUCCGAGAUUGUCGAAUAUCUCAAGGGUGUUUUCACGCUUUGGCUUAAGGUUUGA